CAGAGAAAACUUCAUCAUCUGCAAGUUGUAGACUUAGUCCUGUCCCGGAGAUCAGACAGUCUGCUGCAGCGUCCCUGCCGCUGGAACAUCUUAGAGCACCUUCAGGAAUAAACGGCUCUGAUCCCUGUGCAAACCUAUGGGACUGUUUGGCUGUAAGAGUGGUUCUGGGAUGUCGCAUGACAAUAUUCCAAUUUAAGGGUCGAUGAUGCUUAUUUUGCUGUACAUUACAAGCUUUGUUCUUUGUGCCAGUGGACAACCAUUGAACAAUAAACUGAAAGGAGAUCACCAGAACAUAAGGUAUGUCUGUAGCAUACCAGGAUUACCAGGGCCUCCGGGAUCCCCUGGGGCAAAUGGAUUAGUUGGGCCACAUGGACGGAUUGGCCUUCCAGGAAGAGAUGGGAGAGAUGGCAGGAAAGGAGAAAAGGGUGAAAAGGGCACCGCAGGUUUCCGAGGAAAAACUGGACCACUGGGACCUAUUGGUGAGAAAGGAGAUCAAGGAGAGACUGGUAAAAAAGGGCCAAUUGGUUCACUUGGAGACAUAGGGGGAAUUGGGCAUGAUGGACCUGCUGGACCCAAGGGUGAUAAAGGCUCACGGGGAGAUACAGGAGAACCUGGUGUGUGCAAGUGUGGAAAUAUUGUGCUUAAAUCUGCUUUUUCAGUUGGGAUCACAACCAGCUACCCACAAGAAAGACUUCCAAUCGUAUUCAACAAAAUAAUAUUUAAUGAGGGAGAGCACUACAACCCAUCCACUGGGAAAUUUAUUUGUGCCAUCCCUGGAAUUUAUUAUUUCUCUUAUGACAUCACUCUUGCAAACAAGCACCUGGCCAUCAGCCUUGUACAAAACGGAGAGUACAAAAUAAAGACAUUUGAUGCCAACACGGGAAAUCAUGAUGUUGCCUCGGGCUCAACACUUCUUUACCUAAAGCCAGAAGAUGAAGUCUGGCUUGAGAUUUUUUUUACAGAUCAGAAUGGUUUGUUCUCAGACCCCAGCUGGGCAGACAGUUUGUUUUCCGGAUUUCUUUUAUAUGCAGAUACUGAUUAUCUGAAUGCCUUGUCUGAUGAUUAUGACUUAUGAUGCAGCUUUAAUUCUGAACACAGUUCUGACUUUAUCAUGAAACUUGGGUGCAA